UGUUUUUCCAGACUGAGGCUUCACAGUCCCCGGGGGCUCCUUCAGGACUCACAGGGACCUUCUGCACCUUGGUGAUGGCACAAAGGGCCUGUUUUCUUACUUGUAGCCUGAAUGGCUGCCAAGAAGGAAGGCAAAGGUAGAGGACGUGGACCUGCUCUCCUGUGGCUUUGGCCCUCAGACCAUCGUAUCAAACCCCUUUCAGAGCCCAAGGACAAGGCUCAUCUGAACCAGUGGCCUUGAGGCAUGAAUGAGAAACCUUGCUGUCUUGGGACCGAGAAUGAAAUACGAGAUGGACAGGUGGAAAGUGUCUCUACGGAGCAUCCCUCAUUGUACAAGGACAGUGGUGCACUCAUGGCUUUCAGAGGGAUGUCUAUCUCAGAGCUGAAGAACCAUGGCAUUCUGCAAGCCCUAACCACCGAAACCAAUGGAUGGCAGCUGGGUGUUGUAAACUCAGAGGUGCUCAGAGCCCAGGAAGAAUGGGACGUGGUGGACACCAUCCAUCCAGACCCAGUGAGUGGGGUCAGCUCCCAGCAGCCUGGCCAGCUCAUCUCCUUCAGCGAGGCCCUGCAGCACUUCCAGACCCUGGACCUCUCCUCCUUCAAGAAAAGAAUCCAGCCAACUAUUCAAAGGACCGGGUUCGCUGCCCUCCGGCAUUGCCUCUUCGGGCCGCCCAAGCUGCACCAGGGCCUUCGGGAAGAAAGAGACUUAGUCCUCACCAUAGCUCAGUGUGGCCUGGACAGCCAAGACCCGAUGCAUGGCCGAGUGCUCCAGACCAUCUAUAAGAAGCUGACCGGCUCCAAGUUCGACUGUGCCCUUCAUGGAGACCAUUGGGAAGACCUGGGCUUCCAGGGAGCAAACCCAGCCACAGACCUGAGGGGGGCAGGGUUCCUUGCCCUCCUGCACCUGCUGUACCUGGUAAUGGACUCAAAGACUUUGCUGAUGGCCCAGGAGAUCUUCCGCCUGUCCCACCACCAUAUCCAGCAAUUUCCCUUCUGUUUGAUGUCCGUGAACAUCACCCGAAUUGCCAUCCAGGCCCUGAGAGAAGAAUGCCUCUCCAGGGAAUGUAACCGGAGGCAGAAGGUCAUCCCAGUGGUGAACAGCUUCUAUGCAGCCACGUUCCUUCACCUGGCACGUGUGUGGAGGACCCAGCAGAGGACUAUCUCAGACUCAGGCUUUGUCCUCAAAGACUUGGAAGUGUUGGCCAAGAAGAGCCCAAAACGUCUGCUCAGGACUCUGGACGUCUACCUAGCCCAGGUGUCAAAGGGACAGGCCUCCUUGUUGGGGACACAGAAAUGCUCUGGGUCUCAAGGGCCUUACUCCAAGGACCUCACCUUCACGGGCGUGUGUGACCCACAGCCUCACUCAUUCGAGAGCACAGGGUUGAUCUGACCCAUCACGGACCGUUCCUAGAAAAGCAAGCUGGCUGGCUGGAGCUCUCGGAACCGCCGACCCCUCCCUGCCUCUGCAGGUGAGGUUGGAAGCUCCCACUUCUGAGAAGUCUGUGUCUGUACCAGCAUAGCACAUCCAAGCAGCUAGAAUUCACCUCCUUGCCUCUUUUGAAGCAAGGAGAGCCUCCUGUUGUUCCCAGCUGGGCUCCAGUUCACAGGGCUGGGCUCCCGAUAUCUCAGUGGAAGUGAACAGACCAUAAGGUAGGACAGCAGUCUACACAUCCGCGCCUAGAGAGUUCCUGGAAGCUGCAGCUCCUGACUCCCCAACUGCUGUCCCCAGUGUCCAGAGGCAACAAUAUCUUCAGCCAGCAGGGGGCAGCAUAACACAGGGAAAAGUGACUGAUAGGCAGGCUCCUCCCUUCAGCCACCAGGAUUUUCAGGACACUGGUUCCUGCCCUCCUCCUCUCCCCCUACCUCCUUUGCCCACCAUUGUUUGUGAUCUGGAAAUGGGCACUCACUAACUGCUAACUAGAUUAGCUAGCCAUGGCGGUGCUGGAUCCACACCGCCCACAGGCUGGGGCUCCUGUGGAGACCACACCCUCUUCCUGAGGGGCGAUAGGAACUGCUCACCCACCAGCCGUUUUAGAAUAAAGGAAUUGUUGUAGUCU